AUGAGAUGUACUAGACCCGACUUAGCAUAUGUUGUGAGCAGGCUAAGUAGAUACACUAGUAAUCCAAGUACGGAUCAUUGGAAAGCUAUCACAAGGGUGCUCAGAUACGUAAGAUACACAAGAGACUAUGGAUUGCAAUAUACCCGUGAUCCAGCAGUGAUCGAAGGAUACACUGGUGCGAACUGGACAUCGGAUAUAAAAGAUCAUAGAUCCACAAGUAGUUAUGUGUUUACACUUGCGGGAGCGGCUAUAGCUUGGAAGUCUUCCAAGCAAACGGUUAUUGCUAGAUCCAAGAUGGAAUCCGAGUUCGUCGCUUUGGAUAAAAGCGGGGAAGAGUCGGAGUGGUUACGUCAAUUUGUGGAAGAUAUUCCAAGAUGGCCAAAGCCUUUGGCGGCGAUUGCAUACAUUGUGACAAUCAAUCGGCGAUUGUUCGAGUCAAAGCUCAAUGUACAAUGGCAGAUCAAUUCACAUUCGACGUAG